AUGAAAGUUUUUGAAAGUGUUCUGCUGCUUCUACUUCUUGCUAUCUGUGCCCAGGAUCUCGGCUACCGAGAAAGCUCAAAGAAGUCGAGGAAUAUAUCAGAGCGGUCCAGGAGUGGUGCUGAGGUCAUCCCCAUACAAAGAGGUAGAAGGGUUAGGUUAGGAAGUGAACGUCGAACGGCAUAUCAUGAAGUGCCUUUCAUGUCUGGGAACUUCACGAUCUGGAAACAUCGCCUCUUCGUGGUGCAAGCCAUCCUUUGCAUCAUCUUGCAGCCUCUGGUCUUGAGGGCCAAAGUGCAUGAUGUUAAUGGUCGUCCUGAAUGGAGAUUGAAAAAAAGGCAGACAGCGAUAAGAACUAGCUCGUUAGAAGGUCCUAUCAGACAGGCAGGAUUCCGUAGCAAAAGGUCAGUCGGGUUCCCAGGUGUACCUCAAGGUACUGCCGUCGGACCUUAUCUCUCUCAUCUCCUCUAUCUAUCUCUCUCUCGGUGGCUAUAA